AUGGACUUUGAAGAGGCCGAAGAAGAACAAAAUAAUGAGGAAGUAAUAAUCGCUGAUAAUAUUGAACUAGAUCAAAAUGUUGCUUCUUCGUCGAAUGCUUUGCCUAAAGUGUCUGAUGCUGUUGAACGUUUCUAUUGCGAUAAACUUAGAGGAUUGCAAUUUGACAUUCGUGUUAAGCAUUCAAAAAUGAUUUUAAUUUAUGUAACGGGUUUUGAGUAAUUUUUGAAAAUAUUAUGGGUAUAGGGGGUUUAGGGCGUAGCCGGGGGGGGGGGGCUGGGGCUAGCCCCCCCUCCCCCUCGAAAUCGACCCCCUGGCUACGCCCUUGUCGGGGGUGUACCCAAUACUAUGUAUGUCCGUCCAUGUUUGUUUUUGCUGAUUGUGAAUUUUACCCUUUAUAUAGACCUCCCUUUCACUUGCACCAUAGGGAUAAUUUUUUGAAUUUUAUUUAAACAAUUCCCUUGAAAUUUGAAAAUUUUAUACAAAAACGGGAGGGGGGGUCGUAGGCGAGGCGCACUCCCCCCUAUGGUUUUUGACCAUUUCG